AUGCCCGAGGCGCUGCCGGAGCUCGAGGGCACCCUGGCACGCCUGGAGCGCCUCCAGAGGGCCUGGGGCGACCCGCUGGACGACCAGAGCGCCUUCCGCCGCGGGCUGCGCGCGGAGCUGCGGGCCCAGGCCCUCGCGCGCGGCGAGCUCGGAGGCGCACCGGCAGCGACCCCCCGGGCAGCGGCGGCCAGUGCUGCGCCGCGGGCGGCGACUGCGCGGACGCGCGGAGUCAGCAGCCACACUUGCCGGUGCCCGGCAAAGGCAGACGCCGCCACGGCAGCAGCUGUGUCGGCCGCGCGGCCAGCGGCGACGGCACGUGCUCGAGCAGCGAGGAUGUAUACUCGCCGCGAACGCCAUCUCGGGCGUUCAGAGUGUGCCCAGAUAAGCUCCCUGACAGCUCCGUUCUAUCUCAUGACUGCGAUCGGAUGGAUAACUCGCAGGCGCUGA